AUGGCACCGAUUCUUGAUCACUUAACGGCUCCCAUCGCCCUUUCGGCGCGAUCGUUUGGACUCGGUGGUCCAGCUUCUAGCAUGGUUAUCAUCGAUAUUGUUAUGACGAGCGUUGCAGUUGCUCUUGUGGUGAACCGCGUUAUUGUUCGGCUGGUGACAAGCGAGAAGCUGGCAUCGGAUGACUUCGUUAUUAUAGGAUCGUUGAUCAUUUGUGUUGCCAUGAACGUUGUCAACGUUGUGGCUGUUAAUCAUGGCUAUGGGCGACCUUCAUUUGACGUGCCCGAGGAUGACUUGAAAAUAGCUCUUGAGUUAUACUUUGCCCUGCAAAUGCUUUAUAGAGUGACUAUAAACAUGACGAAGCUUUCAAUCCUGCUCUUAUACCGCAAGAUCUUUGAUACCGAGAGGUUUCGAUUCAAAUUUAUCUGCGACGUCCUAUUCGUCUAUAUCAUGCUUUACACGGUCGCCACCUUUAUAGUCACGAUUUUUCAGUGUGACCCGAUCCCAAAAGCCUGGGCAAGAUAUUUACCAGGGACUUGUGUCAAUCUUACUGCUUUCUGGUAUGCAAACGCGGCAUUGCACACCUUGACGGAUGUCAUAAUCCUGCUUCUCCCAAUUCCAGUCAUUAAGGGGUUGAAGUUGCCCCGACGCCAAAAACUUGCAUUGAAUCUGGUAUUCGCACUAGGGAUAUUUGUCUGUGGGACUUCUAUUGCACGUAUGCUUACCCUUAAUACGUCUUCUAAGGCGAGCGACGUGAAUGAGGGAACGAUACUUUCAACGUUAUGGACAACCAUCGAAGCCAACACAGCUAUUAUCUGUGCUUGCCUGCCAAUGGUUCGGAUUCCUCUGUCAAAGAUUAUUCCGUCCCUGUUCCCUACGUUUCAGUACAGUGACAGCAUCUCCGACACUAGUAGUGAGGCUUCUACCACCAAAUCUAAUAGCCCAUUUAUUACUACAUGGUGCUCACUACGAAAUUCACGAAGCUCUUCUAUAUCUGAAACGCAGACGAUGUUAUCCAAUUCUUACGGCCUCGCAAAUAUCAUAUUCCCUACUUGGGGAUAG